GUCGGCAGUCCCGUAACCCUGCUUCUUUAGGCAACUGCACUCAGAUUUCCUCUGCUUCAGUCUACGCACUGAUUGGUACAUCUCGAACUAAGCCUGCCUCGUCUCGAAUUUAUUGCAGACAACUGUACUCAGACACGACGUGUAUCGACGCGACAUGUCUUCGCCAAAACGCACUGCGUCUCCCUCGCCGAGCAGCCCUGACGCGAAGAGAAUCAAGCUGACCGUGCCACAACAGGCCCAAGGUGCUGUGGCUGUGGAUCCCGACAAUGCCGCAGGAAAGAGGAGUGAACUCGAGCCCAUUCAAGGAGGCGACAUUGGCAACUUGCCCCCUACAGACGCCAGCGCGCCGCCUAGCGAGCCUGCAUCUGCAGUGCCUGUCAGGCUGCUGAAGGCCGAGGGUGAGGGCGAAGGAGGAGAGGACGGAGGCGACGUAUCAAUGGCGGAGGGAGGAGAUGGCGCAGAGGAAGAGGGCGAGUCGGCGGACGAGAAUGACGAAGAGGACCCUGCUCAGCUCGAGGCCGCGAGGCUCCGACUAGAAGAACAGGCUCGAAAGUACCUCGCUGCGCAAACACACGAGGUUAUCAUACCUUCGUACGCCGCAUGGUUUGACAUGUCGAAGGUUCACCCUAUCGAGCGGCGCGCGCUGCCCGAGUUCUUCAACUCAAGACACCGUUCAAAGACACCGUCCGUAUACAAAGAUUACCGCGACUUCAUGAUCAACACGUAUCGUCUCCGGCCAUCGGAGUACCUUACUGUUACGGCGUGUCGCAGGAAUUUGGCGGGGGACGUGUGUGCCAUCAUGCGUGUUCACGCGUUCCUUGAACAGUGGGGUCUCAUUAACUAUCAGAUCGACCCCGACCAACGACCUGCCGCUUUGGCGCCGCCAUUUACAGGCCACUUCCGUGUUAUCCUUGACACACCUCGCGGACUACAGUCUUUGCACCCGGGAACACGUCCACGAGAACCUCCUACAGGCCCUGCCAUAAAUGGUGCGCCAAAACCGGCACCAAGUGCUACGCCUGCAUCGGUCGAACUGCGUUCUUCUAUCUAUCAAACAACGGCCAAGUCUUCACGGCCGGUGUCCGACGGUGAAGCCCAUGCGCUCGCGAAUGGUACGGAAGGAGCCCACGGAGCGGCUCGCAAUGUGAGGUACAACUGCGAUACUUGUGGCGUCGACUGUACAUUCGAGCGGUAUCACUCGCUGAAAACCAAAGAUUUUGAGCUGUGUCCUCCUUGCUACCUGGAUGGACGGUUCCCAUCUACUAUGUUCAGCGGUGAUUUUGUCAAGCUUACCGCGGCGUCCACCGCGAGUGGGUUACACCACGGCAGCGGGACUGGAGCGGACGACGACUGGACAGACCAGGAGAUCCUGCGGCUGCUCGAAGGUGUGGAGAUGUACGACGAUGACUGGUCUGCAAUCGAGGAGCAUGUGGCGACGAGGACGGCGCAGCAGUGCAUUCGCAAGUUCCUGCAGCUCCCGAUUGAAGACGAAUAUGUUACUACGGAAGGCGACUUGGGCCCGCUGAGAUACGCGCGGAUACCGUUCGAGCAGGCGGACAACCCUGUCAUGAGUGUCGUGGCGUUCCUGGCAGGUGUAAUCAACCCGGGUGUGGCAGCAGAGGCGGCGAAGACUGCCCUUCAUGUGCUCGCUGACAUCGACAAGAAGGAGGAGGCAAACGGGGAACAGAAGGCAGGGGAAAAAUUGGCCGAGGCUGAGCAGCAGGCAGCCGCUGAGAAAACAGGUGACGAACGCAUGGACGAGGACACGCAGAAGGAGGGUGCGCCUUCACAUUCGGGUACAGAGACGGCAAAUGAGGGUGUCGUUUCCCAGGAGUCCUCAGACGCUAUGGCCGUGGACUCCGAGACCGCACCGUCAAAACCGACUCCGUCCAUCCCGCACUCGAAGGUCGUCCGCGCGGCUGCUCUUGCGCUCAAGUCGUCUGCCAAGGCCGCAAACACGCUUGCGGAUGCGGAGGACACGCAGAUCCGGGCGACGCUCGCGACGGUCAUCAAGCUGACGCUGACAAAGCUCGAGCUGAAGAUGGCGCAGUUCGAGGAGCUAGAGGAGCUGCUCGAGGACGAGCGACGGAGCCUCGAGAGCGCGCGUGCGGCACUGGUGAGCGAGCGUGUUGGGCUUAGGAAUAUGCUGGAGAAUGUACGGAACGAGUUGGCGAAACUGGGUGGAGGGGCCGCGACGCCCGCGAGCGUCGUUGCGACGGCGACACAGGCGCAGGCGGCGUUGGCGGCGAGUGGGCAUGGCACGAGGGUGAGCGAGGUCUCUGUGGGGACGCCGAUGGACGGUGUGAGCGGCCCUGUGAGCGGGGGGAGUGUCGCACAGCUCAGCUAAGCCUUUGCUUGGUGUUGUGCGUCGUUUCUCGAUAUGCUGGUGGUUCGCUGUCCGUGUCACUGCUGUGUAUCCUAUUUUCUCGAUGUCUCUCGUAGCGUACAACGUGCAUCCGGU